AUGUCACCACCCAAACCCCUGUCCCGGAUCUCCGCCACGCGCCCUUGGGACCCUUGGAACUCGUCCGCAACAGGCCACCAGCGAGCAGAGACGCAGCCGGGCACGGGGUGGCGACACUCGCGGACCAGGAAGCUCAACAGCCAGUUCCGGGCCGGCGACGGCUCGGGUGGCCAGCGCUUGAGCGACACAUGGGGCGCCGGAGCAGAGAAUCCCGAUGUCGAUGGCAAGAAUACGAGGACAAACGGGCUGAUGCGUGAGACGCUGGAUUCACGCCGCCCAAACGGGCCCGAAGCACGGGACAAAUCAAGACGGCUGGAGGACGAGGAAAAGCAAAAGAAAUCCCAAGCCAACCCGCGCAAGCUCUUCGAUGGAGUCACAGUCUACGUCAACGGCAGCACGUUUCCACUGGUGUCCGACCACCGCCUCAAGCAGCUCAUUAGUGAAAACGGCGGCAACAUGUCUCUGAAUCUGGGCCGGCGAAAGGUCACGCAUGUUAUCCUCGGGCGACCCAACGGUUCAACAGAGGGUAAAGGCACCGGGGGUGGCCUCGCGGCGGGCAAGCUGGAAAAGGAAAUACGGAAGAUUGGUGGCUGUGGUGUCAAGUUUGUCAGCGUGGAAUGGGUUCUACAAAGCCUCCAGGAGGGGAAGAGAUUGCCCGAAGCGCGCUUCUCCAACCUCAAGAUGGCCGCAAAGGCACAAAACAGCGUCUAUGGGCUGUAUUUCAAGCAGAACGCCGUUUCUAAAACCACACCAUCAGAGACCGCUUCUUGA